UGAAGACAUCCGUUUUUGCGUCAUACGUCAUCCGGAACGCUUCAUCUAGCAAUAUUCAUACAGUGUUCUGCAUGAAUCUAUCUGUUUACGUGAGAUGUCUGCCAUGUCUUCAGAGAUGGAGUCUCAGAAUGCAAACCUAAACUGUUCCAUUUGCCUGGAGUUCUUCCGGUAUCCUGUAACCAUCCCCUGCGGUCACACCUUCUGUAAAAACUGCAUCAGCAAGCACUGGGACAUUAAGAGCCAGUCUGACAUUGGCCCUCAGUGCCCCAUCUGCAACGAGGAGUUCAAAAUUAGACCUGUCUUGAGGCGUAAUGUGUCCUUGUCGGUCCUGGCAGAGACUGCAAACAGCGCUGGCCCCUCAUGUAGGGAUGCUCUGGUGAGAGGAGGUGAAGGGGCCAAAGCCAUGCUGCUGUGCGAGCGCCAUAAAAAGCCUUUGGUUUAUUACUGCAGGCAGGACAAAAGGUCUGUGUGCAGCGAAUGUGAAAAGUCAGAGUGCGUGAACCACGAAAGGGUCAUAUUGGAAGAAGAAAGGGAAACUCAAGAGCUGCUGCUGGAAAGGAAGAAUACAGAUGUGGGGAAACUGCUUGAAGAGACGCAGAAAAGUAUAAAUGACUUGGCUGAGAAUAUCAAUCAAGCUAAGGUAACUCUUGAGCAGACGUCAGCCUGGGUGAACGCCAAGUUUUCUAACCUGAUGAAAAUCCUGUCCGAGAAGCAGGAGGCAACAGCGCUUUUUAUCGAGCUGCAAAAGCAGGCAGCCCUCACGGAGGCAGAGGCGCGGCUAACCGAACUUAGCGAGCACUCCCGCCUGCUCAGAGAGCGCCAAGACCAAAUUGCGGCAUUACAUGACCUCCCUGAUACUGAUCUCAUCAGGGAAUCAUCGCACGUAGAAGUCCCGCGCUUCAAGGACAUUUCCACAGAUGUGACUUCGACCCUGCAGGAUCGAUUAAACGGCGUCACCGACAUCCUCUCCCGAGUGUAUAAGCUUGUGUCUGAGGACCUGGAGAAAGCUGUGACCACCGCUGUGGGUCAUGACAGAGAAGGUUCUCCUCAGGACAAGAGGCCAGUACUCGCUGUGGUUCCCAGCCCUGCUGCUCCGUGCCACCCUGUUGGGAAGGAGGGCCUCAGUGCUUACCGAUGCUCUCUGACUUUUGACCCACGGACAGCCAAUGGGCAUCUAGUUCUUUCCCAGGAGAACCGCAGGGCUGAGCACUUGACAUCAGGGCCACGCGCUGUCCCCGCUCAUGAAGCCCGCUUUGAUCACACCUGGCAGGUGCUGUGCUUUCAGGGAUUCAAACACGGACAGCACUACUGGGAACUGGAGGUGUCCAAGCCUUGGGCCUACCUCGGGGUAACCUACGAGAGCAUCCCCAGGAAGGAAAAGGGCAAGAGAUGCAUGGUGGGAAUGAAUGAACUGUCCUGGAGCCUGCAACUGGACGAGCACCAGCUCAGCGCCUGGCACAACGGCCGGCGGGAGACCAUCCCCGGCAACUCCCAUCACAGCCGCAUCGGCAUGCUGCUGGACUACGAGGCGGGUACGCUUACCUACUACGGAGACGGGCAGACAAGGCUGCACGCCUUCCACUGUGCCUUCACCCAGGAGCUGUUUCCCGCCUGCUGGAUAGGAGAGGGGGUCAGCAUCACCCUCUGCUCUUCAUGAGCGGACUUGUAGAAGAGGGGAAUAAGUGGAAUUCUAGGAAUACUAUGAAUCAUGGCCACAAUCUGACUUGACAUAAAGAACCCCCUCCCCCCCGCCUCCAAACAAUCUAGGAGCUUCUUUUAAAUUCACUUUUCUCUUCUGGGACGACUGCCUUCCUACAUUAUUUUUAGUAGAAGAACUGACUGACUGGGAUUUUCUUUCCUCUAACAUGUUUGCCAUUUGGUUUUGCAUUGUCAUUUACCACAAUGUUGCUAAGGAAACAGUUUAUAUGCAUACGUAAGGGGCUUUUAAAACAAGUUGCAGUUUUAGUUCACACUAAUUCAUUUUUUUUUAACAUGUGAUAAAUAAUGUUCAUGUGUCCUGUUUCAGGUAGGAAAAAAAACAGUUACAUUUCAGUGGGUCACACUUUUGAACUUUCAUUACCUAAAGCUUAGAAACAAGUGACUCCUCAUGAGACACUGAACUCUGCAUACAUGCUGGAUUAUGUCUUUAAUUAGGUGAAAAGAUACUUACUGAGGUGGAGGUGAAUGCAUCAGUAAUACUGUGUUGUGUUUCUGUGCCAGCACAGGAGGACAACUCGAACACACUCGGUCUUACACAUGUCAGAUUUGAGUAUUCUUGAUUCUGCCCUAAAGAAAUGCACUUCAGGCUACAUGAGAAGAUGGAUGAAACUCCAGUAUUUGAAGUUUCCUAUAGGUUGGUGAGGACCUGUUACACUUAUUCCAUUUGAAAAACAUGAAUUGACUCUAAGGGAAAUUUAUAUGAUUCUUUUUAGCAAAGGUGAAAUUUGAUAUUGUCCUGACUUUAUUUUUAAAGUUCAAUUGAAGCAUUAUAUUAGUAGAUUCACCUAUUGUAUCAAUUUGAAUAUCUUCAGUGACUUCACUCAGGAGUUAUUUCAUUCAUAAUAUUUUCAGGAAACUUGACUCUGACCUUGAGGUCGGGGUUACCAAGACACAAACCGACAGAAAAGCAUAAUGGGUCCACUUUUGUAGCUUUAUGUUAAUCACACAGUGAAUUGUAUCAGAUGGAAACUGAUGAAUAUCCGCCUGUGCCACAGCAUGUCCACAUACAAAUGAAAACAGCAAAUGUAAAGGGGAUGCUUGGGGGGAAAAAAAUUUCAAGGCUCAGAUGUUUUGGGUAAAUAUUGUACUCAUACAUGUCUAAACUUCAUUGUUUUCUGAUAAUAUUCACAUGUAUGCUGAGCUCAUUCUACAGAAGUAUGUGAGCUACUGUAGGUGAAAGAAAAAUGUUGCAGGCUGUAGCACAACUACUGAGAACACAACUGAAAAUCGAAGGCUGCGUUAUCACGUUGCGAUCUGAUCAUGAAUGCACAAACAAAUGGUGCCGACUGCUGACAGCGCUGAGCUGGAAUCUGAUGUAUUGUGCUGGUGCGUGCAUUUUUUGGGGCAGAUGAUUUUUAGAUUAUGAGGGUUUACAAAUCUUAGCUUAGCUGAGAACUUUUAGCACAUUUAAAGUGGGUUACUGCUGUGGAUUUGCACAAGUUUCCUGAAAAUAAGGAACAGCUGAGGAAAAGCACAUUUGGCUGUUUUGGUCUAAUGAUUGGGAGAAAACUUUCUGUCACUCUUCCUGCUGACUGUUGCGUAUGUUUGUCAGAACUGCUAAUGCACUAUACUGUGGACUAUUAAAACUUGUGAUAGCAAUACUCUGCUGAAAUAAA